AUGUUUAGGAGAUCUUUGCUUUCAUGUGUUAGAAAGAAUAGUACAGCAAGUGCAGCCAAUCCAAAUAAUUUGGCAUUUGCUUUUGAUAUUGAUGGUGUCCUGCUGAGAAGUAAAACUGCUAUUCCAAAGGGUCGAGAAGCGUUAAAAUUAUUGGAUUCGAGUAAUAUCCCUUUUAUAGUAUUAACUAAUGGAGGAGGAUACUUAGAACAAGAAAAAGCACAACAGUUGUCUGAUAUUUUAGAUGUAAAUAUAGACGAAAGACAAGUGGUAUUGAGUCAUACACCUUAUAAGAUGUUAACAAAAGAUUAUAAUAAAGUUUUAACUGUAGGAAUUCCAAAUGUCAGGAAAGUAGCCAAAGAAUAUGGAUUUAAAGAUGUCGUUCACCAAAGUGACAUUAUACGUCACAAUAACUAUGUUGCUCCUUUUUCUGGUCUCAUUAAUGAAGAAUUGAUGAAAAUUUCAAAAGAAAUUCCAGAUAUUGCUACUAAAAAUUUUGAUGCAAUUUUGGUAUUCAAUGACCCUCACGAUUGGGCAGCUGAUCUGCAAAUUAUUUCAGACUUAUUAAUUUCCAAAAAUGGCCAACUUGGCACUAUUAGAACUGAAGAAUCCGAAAAACCUUCUAUUCCAAUAUACUUCUCGAAUAAUGAUCUUUUAUGGGCAAACAAAUAUUCAUUAAAUAGAUUUGGUCAAGGUGCGUUUAGAUUAUUAGUCCAUACUCUAUAUUCCAGUAUGAAUAAUGGAAAAACACUAGCUGACGUAGUCAUUGGAAAACCAACAAAUAUUACGUAUAAUUUUGCUCAUAAUGUUUUAAUCCAAUGGAGAAAUCAUCUCGUUAAUGGUACCCAAAAAAAUAAAGCUGCUACCAAAUACUCUAAUUGGAGGGAUAUAGUGUCAACGACACCCUUUGAAAAAUUCGACAAUGGUAAAAUGGGCGUGUUCAUGGUUGGGGAUAAUCCUGCUAGUGAUAUUAUCGGUGCCAAUUCGUAUAACUGGAAUAGUUGUCUCGUGAAGACAGGGGUUUAUAAAGAAGGAGAUAAGCUAGAGGGAAAGCUUAAACCAGAUAUGAUUGAAAAUGAUGUAUAUACGGUUGUUCAAAAGGUUCUUGAAAAAUACUUGUAA